CAAUUUGCUAGAUUGUAAGUCCCUCCUGCUGAAUGUAACUGGAGAGUGAGACUUCAGCUACUUGCUUUUUCAAUAAAAGUUAAUUUGUGGUAUUUGUUGUUGUAUAGGUUAUAAUAAGUUUUGGUGAUUAGGAGUUUCCUAUUGUCCUUAAUAACUGGAAUAGAUUUAGGUAUAAGGAUAGAGUUGUGAGGUAAAUUAAAAUUUCCUUUGUAUACGAAAUAUAAGUUGUUUUCUUUCCUUUCCUUUUCCUUCUUAAUCAAACUUCCUUCCUUUCCAUUUUCCAUGCCCUUGUACUAAUUACAGUGUUAGGCUAUCAGGCACCUCCUAGACUCUUAGUAUAUGCAUUGUUCAGUGGGAAAAUUAGUUGCUUGGAUUGAACUAACUUGUUAGUCCAUUUCAGAUACUAGAAUAAAUUUCUUAUACUACGAAAUGGGAAAGAGAUGUUUAUUAGAAUGGUGCCAAUUUGUUGUUGCUAUAGACAUUGACCCUCAAAAAGUUGUAAUGGCUUCCAACAAUGCAAGUAUAUAUGGAGUGGAAGAUUAUAUUGAUUUUAUUAUUGGAGACUUUUUCCAACUUGCUCCAUACUUGAAGGUACUUUCUUCUGUUUUCAUUACUGCUGCCAAUUCUGGAUAAUGUUUAUGUUAGGGUUGAACUUAACUAAUUAAGUGUUUUUUCUUUUCCCCUUAAAUUGAUGUUUGUAGACACAUUCUCAAUAAUAACAUCUUUUAUCAGCUUUACAGAGUUUUGACAGAACUUAAGAAGUUUUGCAUCUGCAAUACUUAAGUUAAAGUAUUUGAGUAGUGUUUUGAUUUUUUUUUUAAAUUUCUUUUCACCAUAGGGAUUGGGUUAUAUUUUCUUUUUCCUUGCAGAAUUUUAAUAUGUGGGGUGAAUAGGACUUUCUAGCUGAUCUUAAGUAGUUCCAAUCUUAAUUCAACUUUCUUUUCUGUUUUUAGGGGGAUGUAGUAUUUGUUUCACCACCAUGGGGUGGUCCAUCAUAUAAAACAAUCCAGAAUUU